AUUUUGGCCUAGCUGAUUGCUAGCCAUAGAUUGGGUUGCAAGGAUGGCGCCUCGAGGAUCGCGGCUACGGUCCUUUCUAGUCCUGGCGAUUGCAGUCAUUCAGGUCCUGCCACCACAGAGUCGUCUUACUUUCACGCCCAGCCGAAACCAAGGAUGGGGCCAGGCUGGGCGCACCACAGUGGCCAGAGCUGCUGUGUUGGACGUAACGACGGCAGAGGAGCUUGAUGAGGCCAUUGCAAGAACUGCUCGUGAGGAGCCCAAUGUAUUGAUUGUCGGCUAUUCCACGACUUGGUGUGGUCCUUGCAAGCUCAUGGAUCCCAAGGUGAAGGAGCUUAGCGAGACCUUUGAGGGAAAGGCGUCUUUCCUCAAGGUGAUGGGAGACAAGGACGCAGCUCGAAUGCAAAUCAUGAAGCGAGAACAAGUCAGAACAGUACCUCUCUACCAGAUUUACAAGGAUGGUCAGAAAGUAGGCAGUGUGUCUGGUGCAGACGCAGAACGCUUGACCAGCAAAAUUGAGCAGCACACAGGAAUGAAGGCGACUGAGCCUAGCAAUAGUUGACGCCGCGUGAUCUCACAGGCUGAAGGGACAUGCGACAAUACUUAGAUUUGGG